AUGGUCCUUAGUUAUAAGAUCAAUGUGCCAUUACAGGAACUGGUGUCAUUUGAGGAUGUGGCUGUGGACUUCACCUGGGAGGAGUGGCAGGACUUGAAUGAUGCUCAGAGGACUUUGUACAAGGAUGUGAUGCUGGAGACCUACAGCAGCCUGGUGUCUUUGGUGCCAAUAAUACUUACAUAUGAGAAGAUGCAUGUGGGUGAGACCACCUGUAAAUAUAAUGAAUAUGGAAAAGCCUGUGAUAAGUCAGCUGCCAUUGCCCAAGAGAUAACUCAGGUAGGAAAGAAAACUUUUCAAUGUGAUAUAUGUGGGAAAAUGUUCUAUAAAAAGAUUAAACUUUCUCAACAUCAGAUUACACACGCAGGAGAGAAACAUAAAUAUGGCAGAUGUCAGAAUUCUUUUAUUAGGACAUCAUAUGCAAGUUCAUGUCAGAGAACAUCUACAGGGAGGAAGCUUUAUCCAUGUAAAGAACAUGAGGAAUUUUUCUAUCAGAAGUCAGACCUUGGACCAGCCCGAAUUCACACAGAGGAAAUGUCCUAUGAAUUUAUUAAGUGUGGCAAUGACUUUGAUGAAAUUUCAUUUCUCAACUGUCAUCAGAGAAUUCACACAAGUGAAAAAUCAUAUGAAUGUGAUGAAUGUCGAAAAUUUUUCAACCAUAAUUCUGCCCUUACUCUUUUUCAGAGAAUUCACAUAAGUGAGAAUUCAUAUGAGCAUGAAGAAAGUCAAAUUUUCUACAGUAAGUCAAAACUCAAAAAACAUGAGAGAAUUCACAUUGCUGAGAAACCGUAUGAAUGUAACAGAUGUGGGAAAACCUACCAGAAUUCAGACUUCAGCAAGCAUCAAAGAAUUUAUAAGGAAUGUGGAAAAUUUAACCAAAAGUCAAAUCUGAAGACAACUCAGAGAAUUCACACAGGUGAGUACCCAAAUGAAUGUAAAGAACGUGUUGAUGCUUGUAACCAAAAGUCCACCCUCACCAUGGAUCAGACAGUUCACACAGGUGAGAAACCAUAUGAAUGUAAAGAAUGUGGAAAAGCUUUUAACCGAAAGUCACACCUCAGCAUGCAUCAGAGAAUUCACACAGGUGAGAAACCAUAUGAAUGUAAAGAAUGUGGAAAAGCUUUUAACCGAAAAUCACACCUCAGCAUGCAUCAGAGAAUUCACACAGGUGAGAAACCAUAUGAAUGUAAAGAAUGUGGAAAAGCUUUUAUCCAAAAGACAUCCUUCUGGUUUCAUCAGAGAGUUCACACAGGUGAGAAACCAUACGAAUAUAACAAAUGUGGUAAAGCUUUUAACCAAACGUCAAUCCUCAGUAGGCAUCAGGUAAUUCACACAGGUGAGAAACCAUAUAAAUGUAAAGAAUGUGGAAAAGCUUUUAACCGAAAGUUCACCCUCAGCAUGCAUCAGAUAAUUCACACAGGUGAGAAACCAUAUGAAUGUAAAGAAUGUGGAAAAGCUUUUAACCAAAAGUCACACCUCUGCAGGCAUCAGAGAAUUCACACAGGUGAGAAACCAUAUGAAUGUAAAGAAUGUGGAAAAGCUUUUAUCCAAGAGACAUCCUUCUGGUUUCAUCAGAGAGUUCACACAGGUGAGAAACCAUAUGAAUGUAAAGAAUGUGGAAAAGCUUUUAGCCAAAAGUGCACCCUCACCAUGCAUCAGAGAAGUCACACAGGUGAGAAACCAUAUGAAUGUAAAGAAUGUGGAAAAGCUUUUAAGUGAAAGUCUAACCUCAGCGUGAAUCAGAGAAUUCACACAGGUGGGAAACCAUAUGAAUGUAAGCAAUGUGGAAAAACUUUUAAGCAACAGGCAUCAGAAUUCACACAGGUACAUCGGUGUACUCACAAACACAAAAAAUAUGAAUGUAAAGAAUUUGGAAAAGCUUUUAACCAAAAGUCAAUCCUCAGGUGGCAUCAGAAAAUUCAAGCUGGUGAGAAGGCCUACAAAUGUCAUAAAUGUGGAAAAACCUUUAAAAAGAAUCCAACCAUCAGCAUGCAGCAGAGAAUUCAUACAGGUGUGAAGCCCUAUGAAUGUACUGAAUGUGGAAAACUUAAAAAGUUAUACUUUAGAAGACAUCAGGAUUGGGCCGGCCCGGUGGCACACUGGAGAGUGUGCUGCUUUGGAGUGAGGUGGCGCUCCCGCUGA